UGAAUGUUAAAAUAAAUACAUAGAAACGAAGGUGCGUUGUAGUAGCUCAAUCAAUAAGCGAGAACCAUUUAUUUAGUCUCUCGUCUCUAUAUUUCGGCGAUAUUGAAAAAUUUCAAGGUAUUCAACGGUUCGGAACAUGAAAAAUUAUCAGUGAUACAUGCGAAUACAAUCGAAUAAUCGGAGACUGCAAGGCAUCCAUGAAGCUUUGACGCAAGCAAUUUACAGACACGGAAAAGAAAAUAGCCGCGAGCGCAAUAAAAAACAGGAUGAAAGCGAAGAAGUCGAAGAUAUCGGGGCUUGUUGUAGCGGCCUUGCGCCAUUUGAGAGACGCCCACGGCUCCACCACCAAGGAAAUCAUGAAGUACAUUAAAUCGGAGUACAAUGCGUCCGAGGCCACCGUGCAAAGACAAUUGAAAACAGCUUUAAAACGUGGCGUUGAAUACGGAAUCUUGAAGAAGACAAAUGCUGGUUAUAGCCUUAAUGCAGGUACUAAAUUCAACAGUCCAUUCGACUUGGAAGAGAUGGAUAGUUGUGGAAAAAAGAAAAGACGCGGUUGUUCCAAACCGAAACGUUGCUGCCCAAAGAAACGCAAACGCAAUCCCUGCUCGAAGAAGAGGAAAUGCCCGAAGAAGCGCAAGAGGAAUCCAUGCAACGCAUGCGCCAGCCGAGGGCGUAAGGGCGACUGCAAACAGCGACCGAUUCAGCUGGUGCACGAGGGCACACCCGGUCAGGACGACAACGUGAGCUUCAACGAUAACGACACGGACAAGCGCAGUAUCGAGGAUGAGCAAGAUCAGAAUCAGAACAAUGACCAGGAUCAGGAUCAGAACCAAGACCAAGACCAGGACCAGGACCAGGAACAAGAGCAAGACCGAGAUCAAGACCAUUAUAUCCGAAGCGUGAGCAGAACCAAGAGCCAUAGGAACAGAUCUAGGAGUCAGAGCUACGCCAGGAGCAAGUGCUCUGAAAGUGACAUGGAUGAAUACUAGCAGUUGGCAUCCUCUACACCAAGCCUCAAAAACCGGAGAGCCUUAACUUUAUUUUCGAUUAUCGUAUUCGCGUUUUGGAUGUUUGUUGAUUUCAGUGAUUAUUCGUGGGAUAUGAACUUUGCACUGUUGCAUUGAACCCGUUUAAAUUCGACGUAUGCACUGUCUAUUAUUUUAACUACAUUAAUAUAUUUAUAAAUAAAUUGUUCGUCACUUGCAUAAGAGACAAUUGUGUUGAUUAUAUUAGUUUUUAAAUGACUAUUUAAGAGUAUAUUGUUACUAAUAUCUAAUUGGCAAUACUCACUACUAAACUUGUAUUAACUGUUCUCUCGUCACUAUAUUAACAUUCAUUUGUAGUCUGCAAACGAAUUAUUUCAACUGUUAAAAAAUAUUGUAUAGGCUUAUUGAUUUAGUCUUAUUGGUUUUUUU